GUUUGUCGCUUUUCUUAUGGGUUAGGAAUUGAAAAUGGGUUACUAAAUAUUUGAGGAUUGUGUUUAAAUGAAAUUCUAAGUUUCAGAAUGGCAGGAUAUGACUUCAAAUCAGAGGAAGAUGUCAAAGAAUUUCUGAAGAAUUUAGGAAUCGAGUAUCGGUUUGGUUGCUACAGUGAAAAGAAUCCUGAAGUAUGUCAUUUGCUAGGUGACUACUUGGAAUCAAUAAAAAAGGAUUUUGAAAAAGCUGCUGUAGUGUAUAAAAGUACCUGUGAUGAUUAUAAAUAUGCUAAAAGCUGCAUGAAAUAUGGUACAUAUAUGUUGUUGGGUAGAGGAGUGGGAAAUGCCGAUUAUAAAUGUGCAUAUGAUUAUUUCCACAAAGGUUGUGAACUCAAUAAUGAUGUUUCUUGUUUACACCAAGGUUUGCUCACUAUUUGUGAAAAUGAGGACAAAAGAUUAGUAAAAGAUGUUGCAAAGGGCAUGUCAUUAUUGGAGAAAUCUUGUGCUUUGAAGAACGCAAAUGCUUGUUACUAUCUUUCUGGAAUGUACAUAUCUGGAAUAAAGAAACAGGAAGUAGGAGAAAAAAUACCAGGUUUAGAAAGUUUCGAGGUACAGAAAGAUAUGAAAAAAGCUUUCCAUUAUGCACUUGAAGGUUGUAAUUUGGGAAAUGUAUAUAGCUGUGCGAACUUGAGUCAGAUGUAUAACAAAGGAGAUGGUGUUGAAAAAAAUGCAGAAUUAGCAGAGAAAUACAAAGCUAUGGCCUUAGAACUUCAAGAACAAAUAACUAGUAACAAAACACUUUCUUUCCAAGAGGGUCUGCCAAAAACGUAAAUUAUUGUUGUCCGAGUGCUCCAGUUAUUCAUCAUGGUCGAGUGUUUAGAAGAUUUUUGUAAUUGAUAUUGAAAUGUUCAAUUUCUGUUAUUUAUUAUAAUGUGCUCAUAGCA